AUGGAUUGGCAAGGACAAAAGUUAGCGGAGCAGCUGAUGCAGAUCUUGCUGCUUGUAUUCGCGGUCGUGGCUUUUGUUGCUGGCUAUGUUACAGGAUCAUUUCAGCUGAUGAUUCAAAUUUACGGUGCCGGUGUGAUUCUCACUACACUGGUUACCGUACCCAAUUGGCCUUGGUUCAAUCGCCAUCCUCUCCAGUGGCUGGAAUCCAGCGAAGCCGAGAAGCAUCCCAAGCCAGAGCCAGUGAAUUCUAAGAAGAAAUCCGCUAAAAAGUAGGUCUUUAAUUUUAAAUUUGAAGUCUUGGGAUUUUUAGAGUUUAUUUUAAAAUUAACAGUGGAAUGGAAUGUUAUCCGGUGAAUUGGAUGUUGUAAUGAAGUUUUUUUGCUAUAAAUUUAGACAAUAGCAAGAGUUUUAUCAUUUCUUUUGUAUUAUUGCUUUAUGCUUUCGUUCUUAAGUUUUUGCAUGUUGGUUAAUAGAAUUUUAGCGAA